CCAUUCUCUUCCAUCCAUCCCCAAUGGCCAACUCGCUCCUCUUCCUCCUCCUCUUCUCCGUCCUCCUCUCCGCCCGCAUUCCCGGCGGCGGCGCCGCCCGCCCGGCAUUCGCCUGCGGUGGCGGUCCGGUGGUGGGGCUGCCCUUCUGCCGGGCUGCGCUGCCAAUCCGCGCCCGCGUCGCGGAUCUGAUCGGGCGGCUGACGCUGGACGAGAAGAUCCGGCUGCUGGUGAACAACGCGGCGGGGGUUCCGAGGCUGGGGAUCGGCGGGUACGAAUGGUGGUCGGAGGCGCUCCACGGUGUCUCCAACGUGGGUCCCGGCGUCCAUUUCGGCGGGGCCUACCCGGGGGCCACCAGCUUCCCCCAGGUCAUCUCCUCCGCCGCCUCCUUCAAUGCCACCCUCUGGGAGCUCAUUGGGAAGGCGGUGUCGGACGAGGCACGGGCGAUGUACAACGGCGGCCAGGCGGGGCUGACGUUCUGGAGCCCGAACGUGAACAUCUUCCGGGACCCACGAUGGGGUCGCGGCCAGGAGACGCCCGGCGAAGACCCGGGCGUCGCCGGUCGCUACGCCGUCAGCUAUGUUCGUGGCCUUCAGCAGCCAUACGGUGGGCCUCACGACCACAGCCGGCUGAAGUUGGCGGCCUGCUGCAAGCACUACACAGCCUACGACCUUGAUAACUGGCGUGGCGUCGACCGCUACCACUUCAACGCCAAGGUAAGCAAGCAAGAUUUGGAGGACACCUUUAAUGUCCCAUUCAAGGCUUGCGUGAUGCAAGGGAGGGUGGCAAGCGCCAUGUGUUCCUACAACCAAGUCAAUGGAGUUCCCACUUGUGCUGACCCCAACCUUCUUCGCAGCACCAUUCGUGGAGAAUGGAAGCUUAAUGGGUACAUUGUCUCAGAUUGUGACUCGGUUGGUGUUUUUUAUAACGCGCAGCACUACGCCUCUACUCCGGAAGAGGCAGCUGCAGAUGCAAUUAAAGCAGGUCUGGAUCUGGAUUGUGGGCCUUUCCUGGCCCAGUACACUGGCAGUGCUGUGAAGCAGGGGAAGGUGAGUGAGGCCCAUAUAAAUGCUGCACUGAGCAACACCAUCACUGUUCAAAUGAGAUUAGGGAUGUAUGAUGGUGACCUAUCAAAACAACCCUUUGGGAACCUAGGCCCUAGAGAUGUAUGCAGUCCGGCUCAUCAGAAUCUUGCCCUCGAGGCUGCCCGCCAAGGGAUUGUUCUCCUUAAGAACGACGGCCAUGCUCUGCCACUCUCUCCCUCGCACCUCCGAUCCGUCGCCGUCAUCGGGCCAAACUCGGAUGCCACCGUCACCAUGAUCGGAAACUAUGCAGGUAUUGCUUGUGCUUACACAAGCCCUCAUCAAGGAAUUGGAAGGUAUGUGAAGACCAAUCACCAGAUGGGCUGCACCAAUGUGGCCUGCAAUGGGAACCAGCCCAUCAAGGCUGCCGUGGCAGCCGCUCGUAAUUCAGAUGCGACGAUCUUGAUCAUGGGCCUCGAUCAAUCAAUUGAAGCUGAAGCGAGGGACAGAGAAGGGCUCCUCCUUCCCGGCCGGCAGCCGGAGCUGGUGUCAAAGGUUGCGAGGGCUUCAAAGGGGCCUAUAAUUCUGGUCCUCAUGUGUGGUGGCCCUGUGGAUGUAACCUUUGCUAAGAAUGACCCUAGGAUUGCUGCCAUCCUCUGGGCCGGGUACCCGGGGCAGGCCGGUGGAGCGGCGAUCGCCGAUGUGCUAUUUGGUACAUUCAACCCAGGUGGCAAGCUCCCUGUGACAUGGUACCCCCAAGAAUUUGUGGAGAAAGUGUCUAUGGCCAACAUGGCCAUGCGAGCCGACGGGGAUCGGGGCUACCCCGGCCGGUCCUACCGGUUCUAUAACGGCCCGGUAGUCUACCCCUAUGGCCACGGCCUUUCCUACACUAAAUUCACCCACUCCCUGGCCCACGCACCGGCCCAGAUAGCGGUCCAACUCGACGGCCGCCGCGCCCCGGCCUACAACUCCACCGAACCAGCCCGAGCGGUCCGGGUCUCCCACGCGAGGUGCGACGGCCUCUCCAUCCCCGUCCACGUGGACGUGGAGAACGUCGGGGACCGGGAUGGGUCCCACACAGUGCUCGUGUAUUCGACUCCGCCGGGUACACGAUGGGCCCCGCAGAAGCAGCUGGUGGCCUUUGAAAAGGUACACGUGGCGGCCGGUGGACAGGUCCGGGUCGAGCUAGGUGUGGACGUGUGCGGGCAAAUGAGCUUUGCCGACGAGUACGGGAUCCGAAGGAUUCCGAUCGGCGAACACAAUCUUCAGAUCGGCGAUUUAAUUCACUCGAUAUCCUUAGAUGCCGAAGAUCUACGGCCAUAGAAGGGGCAAAAGGAUGGAAACGCCAACACGCCAUAUCAUCCAUAAAAGGGUAGUUAGGUCAUUUACAAUACCAGGUACAAUUGAAAUUAAACUCAGUGUUUGGGUGUUAAUUGCUGCCAAGGGAGAAGAAAGUUUUAUCAUUCUUUUCAUUGUACUAUUCUCAUGAUCUUGGCCCUAAGAAAGAUGGAGGGCAAGAUCAAUUGGAAAAUUGGUGUCAAAUUAUUUUAAGUGGGGUGGAAAAUAAGGUCCCUCAAGAAUAAAAAGCUAAGGGUUUAAUGAUAA